GUUAGCUAUUUGAGAAAGAUUACGGAAUAGGAAUAAACGAUCAGCGUUGUUACAAGAAUAAAUUUCAGCUUUUGUGAAGUUCUUCAAGUUUGGAUUAGAGUUAGAAAGUAUGAUGUUGCUGGAUCUGUUUACGGUCGUAUUCGCUGUGAUGCUAAUGAUGAAUGAAAAUAAUGCGAAGCAGCUCGACUCGUACGUUAAUUGCGGAGGAACGGGACAUAUCGAGAAUAUCACGGUCGUGCCGUGUGAGUCGGAACCCUGCGAAUUUGCCAAAGGCAGCAAAGUCAAUGUUCAUUUCAUCGGAUCCUUUAGCCACGAUGCCAAUAGCGUUCGCGUACAACCUUCUGUUAUUGUGGAUAAAAUGAACGUGACGCUGACUGGCGUUGAUCAGGAGCUCUGCGGGAAACAUGUGCAGUGUCCGAUUAAGGCCAAUGAACUUCGUGAUGCCGAGAUAGAGAUUCCUAUUUUCAACGUAUACCCAAACAUAAAAACGGAAGUGGUUUUUAUGAUAUUUUCCGAGAACGUACUACAAUUCUGUGUGAGGACAAAAAUCAUUAUUAGUGAUAAAAAGUGAUCUACUUCGGACUGCAUCCUGGCUGAAUCACAAGUGUAUUAAACGCAAAUAUAUUGCAUA